UUGCCUCCAAAAUAAAAGUCCAUCCUGGGAACGGUUUCCUGAUGGAGCGUCCUUCUUGCGUGAAGAGGCACGUACGGCAGUUGCAUGGCACUACUACCCUUUCCUUUCAAAAUCACGCAAAACAGAAAACUGUGGCUUCAAAACCCGAUUCUUCAGCCCCUCUCUCUCUCUGUGACGAGGAAUAACAUGGAGGAGCCAUCAGCACCGCCUCAACCACCACCACUUUCAUCGGAUUUCCAGCGCACUCCGACCACCGCUGGGUUUCCUGUCAGUACUGCGAGCAUCAUCAAUCAAAACAAUUCUGGGAGUGUGAGACCUACUACUGCCUCCUGUGACUUGAAUUCACACUCUCCAGUGCCUUGGUCCUCUGGACUCUGCGAUUGUUGCGAUGAUGUUAGCAGUUGUUGUUUAACGUGCUGGUGUCCCUGUGUUGCAUUUGGGAGAAUUGCAGAAAUUGUUGAUAGAGGAUCCACAUCAUGUGGAGUAAGCGGAGCACUAUACACAUUGAUACUGUGCGUGACGGGUUGCUCGUGUCUGUACUCAUGCUUUUACCGAUCAAAGUUGAGAGGACAGUAUUUCUUGGAGGAGAGCCCUUGCACCGAUUGCUGCGUCCAUUGCUUUUGCCAGGAAUGUGCUUUGUGUCAAGAAUACAGAGAGCUCAAGCAUCAUGGCUUUGAAAUGUCCAUAGGGUGGCAUGGGAACGUAGAAAGGCAGAAACGAAUAGCUGCAACUAAUCCUCCGGCAGUGCAGGGCGGCAUGACCCGGUAGAGCCACUGCGUACGGAUGUCAUGUCGACAUUGUCCAUAUAUAUAUAUAUAUGCUGUAAUUAUUUUCGUUCAAUAUUGUAUAAAUAUAGACCCUGCAUAUAUA